CGCGGGGGCCCGGUCGAGUCGGGUCGUGGCGCAAAGCAAUCUCUGCUCGGCUCGGCUCGCCGAAGUCCGUAUCGUCAUCCGGUGCGGUCCGUCGUCGGCCGUCUCUCGUUCAUCCGUGGGUGUUACGUUACCCGGGUUCAUAGGCGCUCUCUUAUCAACACAACUGAAUUGUAUCAACUAAAUCUGGAAUCAAAGGAAGGAACAUUGUGACACAUCUCUGAAGAACAUAUGUUGGCAGACAAUCGACAGAAGAGUAAAGCAGCCGAAGUACAGAAACUGUGGUGUUGGUGGUGAGAAGUAGCGGCGGUGAGGUGGCCCAUGCCGAUAGCGUGUGGAGGUGCAGUAGUGUGUGGAGCGGUGACGGCUAGGAGAGGCGGUGUGUGAUGACGUCAUGACAGGACGGGUGCCGACGCUGCCGCUGCUGCUGCUGCUGCUGCUGGGGGCGGGGGCGGGAGUGGGGGCAGCGGUGGCCGGCCGUAAUGACAGCGGGGGCGGCGGCAACUGCAUGGAGGCCACUCUCAACCGGGUGCACAUCUCACCCGACAAGGUACCAGUAGCUCUACUGGCGAGUACAUCGAAACUGAGCAGUGCCAGCUGCUGUACGGAGGAGUGGUCGCAUGAGCUGCUUGACACGACGCCGGAUGUGGUGGCGACGGCAGUGCUGACCCCUGGCGGAGUGCUCGUCAACUACCAGCGCGACAUGGGUAGUGCGUCGGCUACAGGCAGCAACACGACGUCGCCGGCCUACUGGAAGUCGCUGCAGCCGGCUCUCAACCACUCGGCUCCCGGCUUCUGGUCACCACCUUUCUGGGACUGCCUGCUCAACAAAUGGGUGUUCGGCUUCUCUGCUCCAAUACCAACCACAACUGGAUUCAGGAGUGUUGCUGGUCUCUUCUACUCGCUGGACAGGGCUGAUUUGGACCAAUGUGAUGAAGUACUCAGUCCUCUGUUCGGCGAGAGCCAUAGAUGUGAUCUACUCACCACUAAGUGUGUACCAAUGAGUGGAUACGGCACGAAGAGUGGAGGCUACCGAUGUGCUUGUCUUCCAGGAUACAUUGCUCCCCCACCUGAAAACUUCACUUUGCAGAAUGAGUUCUUCCCAAGCUACGAAAACACUAUUUACAAAUGUGUGCCAAGCUGCGGCCCUGGUAGACUAUGUACAGCAACACCAGAUGUUUUUGUCAGAACUGUUAUCUUGGGUGCUCAACUCUUUUGCAUUGCAACAACUGUGGUUUUAGGAGUGAUUGUGUUCCGUAAACGAAAAUGUAAGACUAUUGCAGCUGGAAUGUGGACGAUAUUAGAGACUAUAAUUUUAGGAAUUCUUCUUCUCUAUUUGUCUGUUGUUGUUCAUUUUUUCAAACCGUCUAUUGAAAGAUGUUUAUUGGAGCCUUGGUGUAGAGAACUAGGCUUCAUUAUUUGUUACGGAGCUAUUAUACUUAAAUUGUACAGAAUAUUAAUGGAGUUUCGUACUCGUAAGGCUCAUCGUUGGGUUGUGAGAGACAAAGAUCUGUUGAAGUACCUGCUAGGAAUGGUGUUCAUCAUGGUCGUCUACCUAAGUGCUUGGACUGCGGUCACUCUGAAUUUCCUCAGCGAAGGAUUCACCAUUCUCAGGGUUGGUGAAACAGAGUCUGGCCUGCAUUUCCAAGCUUGCAAAACACUCUGGUGGGACUACAUAACAGAAGCAGGGGAACUGGUUAUCCUGUUAUUUGGUCUCCACUUGGGCUUGGCUGCGCGCAAUGCAACUGUGCAAUUCGAGGAGAGGCGAUUCCUGUGCUGCACAGUGGCACUUGAGGCGGUUGUCAGCUGCGGCUUCUACACGAUACGAGCUCUCUACUGGGAAACCCUCCACCCGGACCACACGUUUCUGGCCACAUUUGUACGCAGUCAACUCACCAGCACACUGGUUCUCAUGCUCAUAUUCACACCAAAGCUGUGGUAUCAACACAAGCAAGUUAGAGAUUCAAGGCAUCAACUGACACAUGAGCCAUCGGAUGCCUACAAAGCACAAGAUGGCCUGCCCUACGCCGAUAUGGAAAUUUCAGAGGUCAAUCUAGCUGAAAUGAAUCCUGAUGAUAUCAGGGCUGAGUUGAAACGGCUGUACACUCAAUUGGAGGUUCUGAAGAACAAGACUAUUCGCCAGAAUAACCCUCACAUAUCUAAGAGAAGAGGAGGCCGUAAAGUAGCUCACAGGAGAUUCUCAUUACAGAAAAAAGGGAGUCGAGAAAAGGCUCUCCGACAACAAAGGUGUUCAAGCCGACCCCACGGUCCGGAUGGUCAGGAGGGAGGCGAGGGGGAGGUUUCUCGGACUCCUGAAGACUCAAUCUGCAGCAUGGAGGGCCCGAGUGCAGUUUACAAUGAUGGACCUUCUACCUAUAGUGAACUGGGAGGUUUUGGAACACCAAAUAUCCCUCACAGAGCUGCCAACAAAUAGACCACUGAAUAUCACCCCCCCACAAUUUCAUCACAUUAAUUGUAUGCAAUGUUCUCUUCUACAUCAAUUCUGCAUUCAUUUGUAAGCAAUUGUCAUACUAUUCAAAUAUAUCAUCCAAUUAGCCAGCAUGUACAGUUGGUUAUGCUUUGUAAACUGCUAAUCAGUGUGGAUUCAAGCUCAUGGAAUAUUUUUCUAUUCCCAAUUUUAUCAAAUCAAUUUCAAGUGUAGAAUUCUGUUUUUGUCACUGAAAGUUUAGAAAUAAACUAUGCAUAUUAUUGAUGUUGAUAGUGUAUGAGCGAAUGAUGUAUUUACAGUGGAUUGAUUCUCUAAUAUAUAUGCUUAAGAUCAUGUUUGCCUUAAUUGUUAUGCAAAAUCAUAAACUUAUAAAACUUCAAGUUCCGUGGUUAAUUAAUUUUCAAUGGAUAAUAGCUUCGUAAUACUCAAAAGUUUCAUAAACUAAAGUAACCCAACAUAAAAUUAUCACAAUUCCAAAUGUUGUUGAAUUGUGUGUUGAGAAUUUUUACAGAGUAGUUGAAUAACUUAUAGCUGUUCAUCCUCAUCUCCUGCAUAAAUUAUUUGAGUUUUUAAAAUCAAACAAUGAGAAUUAUAUCAGAAUCUAUUCAUUCUAUGUUCUGUAUGAUUUGUGAGCUUGUAAGAAUAGUCCAAUCACAUACAUUAUCUGUCCAAUCACAUACAUUCAAUUUCACUGUUUUAUUGUUGGAGCUACCGUACAUGUUAUGUUGAGGCGGAGAGUAUAAUCCUUCAUCAUUUCAAAUUCUCAAGAGCUGAUAUGAGGAUGAAGUAAAUAUAUUGUUCACUUAUCACACUAAUCUUUUAUUGUAAAUAGGAAUUUUCCAUAAAUUAAUCCUAUGACUGUCAGGAAUCCCAUCGUAUUUUGGUAUCUUCACUUAAAAUUUGAAUGUGUAUUCAAUAUUUUAUUCUAAUUACUGCUUAACAAAAGUUCUAAUAAUACAGGGUAAUUCGAUCAUGAAGAUAUAAGUUUCUGAAGUAUGUUUCAAACGCAUACUCAUUUUAUGAAGACUUUUAUGUUAAAUGUUGUUCAGUUUUCGAAGAUGUUGUAGAUAAAGCGCGAGAGAAUAUUGUUAUUCCUUAUUGCUUUACACGUCAAGGCAAGGAACCAUCGGCGUAGGCUUCUCCAGUUAUUAUUUCACUCAUUUAAAAUAAUAUACCGUGUAGAAAAAAAUAUAGGUAUAUCUCAAUAUCUCAUUGCAGGCCAUUGAACUAUGGCUCUCCUGUUGAUUUUUGUUUCGAUUAUAAUAUGAUGUUCUUAUAGUAUAAAGUUACAAAAAUAUAAUUGGCUGAAUAACAAGCAGCAUUUUUUGUAGAAAUGAAGAUGGUGUAAGCUUAUCUAGGAUAUUAUUGAAUUUAUUGUAUUCAUUAACAAUUUAAUGAAUAAUAAACUGGACCAUUUAAAUCUACAAAUAAUAUAUUCAUUAUUAUGUACAAACGAAUAUCUUAUAUUAUAAAAGUUACCAAAUAAAUAAUGUAAUUUUUAUAA